CACAUGGGUGACCUGAUUUCUUGACCCCCCCCCAAUGUGACCCUUUCAAUUCCCAAUCUGGGAGAAAUCCACUUAAAUCAGUUCCUGCUUUUUUGUGUCCCUUUAACCAUGCUCAGUCCUGUUCUCUGGACUUCGUACAUCCGCCAAAAGAUGGGAACACCGGUGGUGGGUUGUGAUUAUUUUGAAUUGGCGGAGGGUCGCUCUUAGAUCCCUAAAUAAACUUGGCUGCCGAUAGGGAAGGUGGGUCAAUCUGAACGUUGAUUUGUUUUUUUAUUUACUUAGAAAAUGUGUCGGCCGCCCGUCUGACUUGGACAAAAUUAACACGCUCUUAAAAAGAGUUUGGUAGAAUACGAGUCCGUGUGUUUUCAUGCACACACACAAACAAACAAAGAUUGGAUCUAACUUCAGAACACAUACGUUUUGACAUGGAGAAUCCCGGGUAUUUAUCUCAAGAAAAAAUGCUAAUGUUUGACCCAGUCCCUAUCAAACAGGAAGCCAUGGAGCCCAUUCCAGUGUCCUUCAACUCGACGUACAUGGACCACAUGAAGUCCAACAAGUACGGCGUCAUCUACUCUACACCCAAUAUGAUGUCCAAUAAGUUCUACCAGAUUCCAGACGGACUGUGCAACGGGGUUCAAAUGGAGCCAGUCGACCUUACGGUCAAUAAACGGAGCUCACCCCCAUCAGCUGGACACUGUCCUUCUCCUUUAAAAUUCCAGACUCUAUCCCAAAGAGCUUCCCCUGGGUUAAAUCUUCCUUCACCCAGCCCUCCCAUGAAGAAACUGGGUCCACCAGGAAUGCAACCUUUUACUAUGCCCUUAACUAUCCCUCCAGUGAUGGCGGCACUUUCACGCCAUGGACUCAGGAGCCCCGGAAUACUUCCUGUCAUUCAGCCCCUCGUCGUUCAGCCUGUCCCUUUUAUGUACGCCCCACACCUUCAACAGCCUAUCAUGGUGUCCACCGUUCUUUCGGAAGAGUUGGAAAACCCCAGCAGCGUGCCAGUAUCUGUCAUCGAAUCUUACGAAAAGCCAGCACUAAAGAAAUCUAUUAAGGUGGAGCCAGGCAUGGAAUCACCGAGGAAUGACUACUACCCUGAGCAAAUCUCACCUCCUCUGGUGACCUCAUUGUCACCCCACAUGCUACAAGAGAAUCACCCUUCAGUUAUAGUCCAGCCCGGGAAGAGGCCUCUACCUGUGGAAUCUCCAGACACACAAAGGAAGAGACGGAUACACCGGUGUGAUUACGAAGGUUGCAACAAGGUGUACACUAAGAGCUCUCAUUUAAAAGCCCAUAGAAGAACACACACAGGUGAAAAGCCUUACAAAUGCACUUGGGAAGGCUGCACAUGGAAGUUUGCUCGAUCGGAUGAACUGACACGGCACUUCCGGAAACAUACCGGAGUCAAACCGUUCCAGUGUCCGGACUGUGAUCGCAGUUUCUCUCGUUCGGAUCAUCUUGCCCUCCAUCGGAAACGCCACAUGCUCGUCUGAACUUCUGCUCUUUUCCGGGUUUUUUUCCUUUCCUUUUUUUUUUUUUUUUUUGACCUGAACGUUUUAAUUCAGAUUCAGCUGGACUGGAUCUUUGGAUUUUUCGCAAGCUUCCUGAUGGUCAGUAAAAACAAACACACACAAAAAUGUUUGCUUGGCCCUUCUUGAUUCUUGCCGUCAGCCAGACCGAAAGAAUGUGAACAAUUUUUUUUGUUGUUGUUGUUUCCCGGGGAUGCUCAGCACGUUCCUAAUUUGCCAGCAAAUAGAUUCUAUUUUCCUUCGCACUAAGAAAUCUUAUAAUCAAGCUGAUUAGUUUUGCCAUUUAAUCAGCCGGUAUAUAUAUGAUACAGUUACUGUUUUUCAAAAAUCCAGUUUGCAAAUCCUUGCCAGAGAUUUUGUGUACCUACAAUUAAAGGGUGCACGUCUCCUUUUUAUGCCCAGCAAUGCAACGAAUGGAUUUUUUUUUUUUUUUUUUUGAAUACAGUUGGUUAGAGAAGCAUGUUCCAGAAGACACUUCUUUUUUAUUUUUAUUUUUUUGAGGGCGGGGGAAUGGAAAAAAUGAAAUCCUCAACCCUGGGAGUGAAUGAAAAAAAAUAAUAAUUCUCCACUUAUCACCAGAAAGUGGACGUCCGCGCAGAUGUCGUACAUCCUGAUCAAUGUUGCCUCUCUUUUUUUGGUGUGUGUGUGGGGUUGUGUAAGUUGUUCUUCUGUUUUGCCUGGGAUCGAGUGUCUUGGUAGAUCCACUGGGCAAACACUUCUCAGUGGGAUGCAGUGAUCUGGGUUUUUUUGUCAUGCAACUGUAUGAAUGGGACACACAAGGUACCGGUGUGACAUUCAUGGAUAAAAUUGAUCAAAAUCUACCUCGCUGAGGAGUGCAGCAGACAUAGAAAUUUUUCCCACUCCCUCAGCAUCUCCUGCCAUCAGAAAAUCCCUCCAGCUGCCUUAGCUGAGAAAAGCCACAAUUCCAGCCAAAUAAAUUCAGCUCUUCCUUGUUAGAAAUGAAUUUCCAUCCGAGACCCUUCCAUAUUCAUACGAUACUUAAGAAAAAGAUUGGUUUUAAGUGAAGCGCUUCCAGAGAGCAUGGAUUCGGUCGCAGAUGGUCACAGAUGAAGAAAGGACACUUUUAAAAAAAAAAAACGUCCAAACAUUUUUGGCCAGCUUGUAUGACAACUUCAGCAGACCAAAUAUUUUUUGCAAUACUUUCUCAGUAUCGAUAAUUUUCCCCAAAACAAAAUAAUAAUAAUAAUAAUAAUUGAAAGACUGGAUGGUUUCAUGCUCUACAUCUUCCAUAGCUUCAAAGAUGCAAUUUUAUUUUUGUAUUAAGGAAACGAGACUCGUUAUAAUCCACCAGCAUUUUGUCCAUGGUUAAAGCCGUGGGAACCAUGUAUGUAGAAAAAAAAAAAGAAAAAAAGGAAAGAAAAGGUUUAAAAAAAAUGGAAGCCAACGAUGACGACGACAGCCCAGAGGAAUGAGCAGGAGGGGAAGGGAUUGCAAAAUAUAAACCUAAACACUUUAUAAACUAAAAUCACAUACAUUUCGAGUAAAUAAUUGCUCAGGGGCAAGUUGACUUACUCAAAACUGCUUUGUUGUAUUGUUCCAUAAAUUGUAUUUAGCUUCAGUUUGUUCUGGUAUAAACUUUUCUAGCACUUUCAUCAUCCUCUUACUUUUUAAAAGUUGUAUUACCUAACUCUCAUUAAACCAGUGUAAUUUAGAACA